CAGCUCCUCCCACUCGCUUUAGGACGUGACUACAUCUGCAUCAGCGUUCGCGUUAAAUCAUGGCUAUUGUGUGAAUGGGAAAAACUACUACAGUCUCCGUAUAUGACUGAUCCGUGCCAUAUGAUCUCAAGUAAGAUCGAGGGCUGUCUUUAAUUUGAACUAAUCAAGGAUAUACUGGUUUUAUUCGCCGCUGACUGGGCUGGCCGUAUAUGAAAAUGGACCAGGCGGCGAGCCGCUACCAAGUGUUGCACAAUGAGGACGAUCCCUCUGAAGGGGCCGCCGGCGCAGAGCCGUCCACAUCCUCCCAGGCCGCUGCCGCCGUCGCAGGCAUCAGCAACCCCGCGGUGGAUACGGAAGCUCCACCUCCUUCUUAUGCCAGCGUGGCGCUCGGAGCAACAGCUGCACCAGAGAGCACAUUUCCGGGGGACUUUCCCGUUCCUCCACCAUACAGCGUUGCCACGUCUCUGCCCACUUACGAUGAGGCAGAGAAGGCCAAAGCGGCAGCCAUGGCUGUCUCAGCGGUGGAGGUCAUUCCACGAGAUGAGGAUUUUCCGGUUCGGGAUGACUUCAGUGACGCUGAUCAGCUGAGGGUGGGAAAUGAUGGAAUCUUUAUGCUGGCUUUUUUCAUGGCCUUUCUGUUCAACUGGAUUGGGUUUUGCUUGUCUUUCUGUUUGACCAACACCAUUGCUGGCCGAUAUGGUGCCAUCUGUGGCUUUGGCCUCUCUCUUAUCAAAUGGAUCCUCAUUGUGAGGUUUUCAGAUUACUUUACUGGAUACUUCAAUGGGCAGUACUGGCUCUGGUGGAUUUUCCUUGUUCUUGGACUCCUGCUGUUCUUCAGAGGGUUCGUGAACUACCUGAAAGUGCGUAACAUGUCAGAAAGCAUGGUGUCUUCACUCCGAACCCGCUUCUUCCUCCUGUACUAGAGGUCGCCUCACCAAAACAUUCCUUCCUAAUGUGAAAUUCCUUGAUGAUUUGCAACCCAUUAAAUGAACUGGACUGGAUCCCACUGAGGGGAAGAGGAAGAAGAGAAAAAAUAAAACCAGUAUCUCUGCCAAACGUUCUGAACUGAACUCGGUAAAAGCGGAAGGUUUUUCUGCGCUCUGAACGAGUGCAAAUCGGCUCCAGUUUUCACAUCGUAACUCCAAGUUGGCCUCAGCCCAUAAACUUCUGGUUGAUUACUAGAUUCGGACAAGACAAAAAAGUCCCUUUACGGUUUAUCUUUCCACACACUGCAUGCGGAGUAAUGAAUUUGUGUACUUGGGUCGGAAGAACUGCAAAAGAUCACUAGAAAUAUGCAGCCAAGACAUCCUAUGCACUGUCUUUUACCAAACUGGGUUAGCAGUCUUAAACAGAUGAAACUAGACUAGUUUAAUUCUCUUUGCUUCGUUGCAUCCAAGGCCUUGGCAAAUUUGAUUGCAUUGCAGUAUUAAUAUACCAAGUUUAGACAGAAUUUGACACGUAACUUUAGCUAACGGCGAUGUAAAGUACAGUUGCACAGUUUCUCUUCUUCUUAAGUUGUGUCUCGCUUAACUUAAUAGUAAAUGAUUAAGAAACUUCAUUGAUGUGUUUCAAACUGGAAAUGGAAUUUGUACUUAUCCUAAAAUAUAUAUUUGCCUUUUGCACCUUCAUUUUUUCCCCUCUUUUUAUAGGUUGUUUUAAGUUGUGACUUUGCUCAAGCUGUGACCUGCCUAGAUGACUUUAGUUACUUGAAUGCCUGAAUGCAACUGUCAUUUGUUUCUAUUAAUCACAAGCCUCUUUAGCAAUAUCGGAUAUUAAAAGAAAUGCAUGGUUAACUCGGUUACAGCAGUUUAAACGACUAAUCCAGUAAACAAACAAAAAAAAC